UCAUAGGAUACCAUACCUCUGUGCUGCCUUCACAGAUUGCCCAGAUGGAAGAUGGAGGCAUCUUAGUAGACAGGAUGGGUUCAGACAUGCCUUAUCAUACAAAGCUCAGUAAAUUCUUCAGUUUUUUUUUUUUUUUACACAGACUAGUAGUAGUAUAUUUCUGUCUGCAGAGCAAGGAGAGAUCUCUUUCUGGACACAUCAUUGUACAGUAAAGCAAACGCAUAGAGACGCCGCAGAAUCCACAACGCUGAGAACUUCUGACGAAGAGAGAAAAACGGCUGCCACGUGAUGCCACAUCUCUGCCCCAUCACCAAUAGGUUGAACUGAACGGCUCACAGAAAAACACUUCAAAGUUGUGCCUGCAUUCCCUCCAUGUUCUCUGGGUUACGCUGAACACGAGUGUGUGCCCGGAUCCUGGCGGCGGCUGUGAAGUACACAUGCGUGUGUGUGCAUGUAUUUGCUUCUGAGUGAGUAAUCACGUGUGCGCGCUUUGUCGGGGACGUCCUGCGGUGGCUGGCGUAGUGACUCUCCCCCUGCCCCACCCCCACGCUCAAAACUGGCGAUGUCCAGGGUGCCGAGUCCGCCCCCUCCUGCAGAAAUGACCAGCGGCCCUGUGGCCGAAAGCUGGUGUUACACACAGAUCAAAGUGGUUAAGUUCUCCUAUAUGUGGACCAUCAACAACUUCAGCUUCUGCCGGGAGGAGAUGGGCGAGGUCAUCAAAAGCUCUACCUUCUCUUCAGGGGCCAAUGACAAGCUCAAAUGGUGUUUGCGAGUGAAUCCAAAAGGUCUGGAUGAAGAGAGUAAAGAUUAUCUGUCGCUCUAUCUUCUCCUGGUCAGCUGUCCUAAGAGCGAAGUUCGGGCCAAGUUUAAGUUCUCCAUCCUUAAUGCCAAGGGCGAGGAAACCAAAGCUAUGGAGAGCCAGCGGGCGUAUCGCUUUGUACAAGGAAAAGACUGGGGUUUCAAGAAGUUCAUAAGGAGAGACUUCCUCCUUGAUGAGGCCAAUGGGCUGCUGCCUGAUGACAAAUUGACACUCUUCUGUGAGGUGAGUGUGGUGCAGGAUUCCGUGAAUAUCUCGGGUCAGAACACCAUGAACAUGGUGAAGGUUCCUGACUGCCGGCUGGCAGAUGAACUGGGCGGACUGUGGGAACAUUCCAGAUUCACGGACUGCUCGCUUUGUGUCGCUGGGCAAGAGUUCCAGGCACACAAAGCCAUUCUGGCAGCACGUUCCCCUGUUUUCAGUGCUAUGUUUGAACACGAGAUGGAGGAGAGUAAAAAGAACCGAGUGGAGAUAAAUGACGUGGAGGCUGAAGUCUUUAAAGAGAUGAUGUUCUUCAUCUACACUGGCAAAGCACCCAACCUGGACAAGAUGGCUGAUGACCUGCUCGCUGCUGCUGACAAAUAUGCUUUAGAGCGGCUGAAGGUGAUGUGUGAGGACGCUCUGUGCACCAGUCUGUCCGUGGAAAACGCAGCAGAGAUUCUGAUCUUGGCUGACCUGCACAGUGCUGACCAGCUGAAGACGCAGGCCGUCGACUUCAUCAACUAUCAUGCGUCCGAUGUGAUGGAGACCUCAGGGUGGAAGUCAAUGGUGGCGUCCCAUCCUCACCUGGUUGCCGAAGCAUACCGCUCCCUGGCCUCCGCCCAGUGCCCUUUCCUGGGCCCUCCCCGCAAACGCCUCAAACAGUCUUAGUGCCGCCCCUUACUGUUACCUAAGCCGCACACCUACACACACACUCAACAGACAACUGCCUACAAGAGGGGGGGAGGGCGCUAUUUUAGAUUUACAUCCCCCCCCAAGCUCUGUCCCUUUAGAUGCCUAAACCAGCUCUUGACCUGCCCCUCCCUUCACGUUAUCCAGACAGACCCCUCCGGCGCAGAGGACCCUGUUUGUUGCUGCCCUACUGUCGGGUUCCUGAGUGUGGAGGCUGCCGCAGGUCGAUUACUGUCCAAAAAUGUGGCCAUCCUCUGCACCAGUCUGGCCGUCUGUUCCAGAGAGAAAUGAUCCUGUUGGACUGGAUUCGUGAGCGUGGGUGGAUGGAUCAAGGUUGAGCUUUUUUGGUUGGGCAGUUAAACAUGAGAUGGAUUAAGACUUGACUUUUUACGUAACUCCUUCCACUGGCACUACCUUGUGCUCUCCUUCACUGUGUGAACCGGUUCUCCAUCUUCGCUUCAUCCCUCCUUUAAAAAAAAUGAUUGGCCGGUAGACAUUCCCCUUUACUGUCAUGAACUGAGGGUUUUUUUCUUUCGAAAGGAAUAGAGGACAAACUCCGUUAUUGCAAAAGAACCUUUUUAAUAGGUAGCAUGUGUCUUCGUAAUGACGACAUCAGCGUUUAGUAGAUUCCUGUGUGACUUUAUGAAUCCUGUAUGACGACAAACAGCUUUUUCCAGAACUGUCCUUUGUUUCUUGGGAAAAUCGAAACAUAGAACUUGCCACCUUUAUGAACUUACGACCCACAAGCUAGCCUGGCUUCCCAAUGGAGAUGGAGUUCAGAUGGACUUACAGUGCUUUGGUCUCCUUUUACAGGGUGAAUAAAUUGACGAAUCCGGCGAGGAGUGUAAAAAUGGGGAAAUGCUCAUCAAACUUUUUUUUUUUUUUUUUUUCCCCUUCCUUGUGAUGUUUAUUUGGGAUUUUUCCUCUUUGUAGCACUUGUGUAUUUGAAUCCAGGCUUUCUGUAUGAAAAAAAAAAAAAAGCCCAAAAAACUCAAACCUGUCUACAUUUGUGUAUUUCUUUUUGUUUUGUAACAGCCACAACAAUGCUUGUGUUAUGGGCAUAUCUUGGCAGUUAUUUUGCUUUCUGCUGAUUUCAUUCUCUCUUUAUAUUUGGUCUCAGUCAUGGAUUAGACAAAUUUGGAGCUCUUGCUGAAACAGAGAAUUGGCUUUUUUAAAUAAAUAAAAAGCCUGUCCGACAGACAGCAUACAGGGUUUUUGGUUCCAUAAAAGGAAUUUUGUACAGGGCUUUAUCUUGUUUGGUAAAAAAAAAAAAAAACAGUGUACCCUAUCACAUAAUAAUUGCUGAGCAUGCUCACAAAAAUUGGGUGAAACGUAUCCAAAAAAAAAAUAAAACGAAACCUCUUAGUAUAUGAGAAAAUGUAACCUUCAAUAGUAUGGGGGAAAAAAUACUAAAGUCAAUGGUGCCCCAAAACUGUCUGGUUACAAAAUAUCUUCUUUUGUGUUCAGCAGAACAAAGAAAUUCAUACAGGUUUGGAACAACUUGAGGGUGAGUAAAUGAUGACAGAAUUUUAAUUUUUGGGUGAACUAUCCCUCUAAGAGGGAAAAAAGGCGUUCAACAGAUAUAGAGACUAAAGGCCCCGAUAUACAGUACGUAAAGUAAAAAUGAAGAACAAAUGGUGUGAUGUCAUUUCAAACAAAAUCGUGUCAAAAUGAAGUUUGUUUUGUGUUCGUUUCAGGAGUUUGUAACAGCUUGCCAAAGCGAACUUUCUGGAAAAAAUGCUAUUGAACUACCAUAAGUCUGUGAGACUUGGAUGUAAAAUCCUCUCUGGUUCAUUUCUUCUGUUUAGUCCAUCGAGGUCAUACGUCCACAAGUAAAAACAUAAAUACAUUGGAGAAUCACUUUAUUGUAGAAACUGGGUUUGUAAUUCUAAUUAAAAGAGACACUGACACUGUUUUUUUAUGUUUAAUACUGUAGAGCUGCUUGAUUUAAAGCGAUCUAUUUGUAUAACGUGCUAUACAAAUAAAUGUGACGUGACUUUACUGAA